UUGUCAGUUCACUUUUGGAGCUCAUACCGAGCAGUCGAUCGCAAACGAACUCGAGCGCUAGUAGCACUCUCCCCAAGAGAUCGUUACGAUUUUUGAAAACAUAAAAAGUGAAAAGAAACAGUCGUCAAAUCAAAAAUUAAAUAUGUUUUAGCCUGGGCAGCAAAUCUACAAAAUUAUAUGUGUUACGUUUGUCAUCAAAAUUCUUUAUAGCUCCCCCACAUUCAAAACGCGUUAAAAUAGUUAAAAAAAAAAAAAAAAAAAAAAAAAUCGUGCGGUGCUGUGUUAUGCGGAGUCCAUUUUUUGUUAUAGCCAAAAUUUCUAGUUUUAUGGUGUGCUUACGGUCGCUGUUGCUGUUGCCCCAUUCCGUUGUGCAUAUCUCUACAUAAGCACCCAGCAAUAUUUAGUUUGCUCAAAAUUCACAUCCAAAAUGCUGGAAGACGACAAUUCAGAUCUGUUGGUUUGUGCCACAGAGUUUAAAGAAGAUCGCCUGUUCUUUGUGGUAUUCAAGAAGAAUAUCAAGCCAAAGAAUACGGCCAGCACUCAUUACUUUAGCAUAGACGAUGAGUUUGUCUAUGAGAAUUUUUACAAUGAUUUCGGGCCACUCAAUAUAUGCAUACUGUAUCGGUAUUGCAUGAAGCUCAACAGCAAACUGAGUGCCAAGAGUCACGCGAACAAGAAAAUCGUGCACUACACCUCCAUGAAUCCGGCUAAGCGUCUCAACGCGGCCUACCUGAUUGGUUCGUAUGCAAUAAUUUACCUGAAUAAAUCGCCCGAUGUGGCGUACAGAUUGUUAGCGGGCCCAGAGGUGCCGGCAUAUACUCGCUUCUGCGAUGCGAGCUAUGGACCCAGCAGCUUUAAGAUCUCGCUGCUCGACUGCCUCAAUGCCAUACAUAAGAGCCUGCAGGCGGGCUUUCUUAACUUCAAUGACUUUGAUGCGGAAGAGUAUGAGUACUUUGAGCGAGUGGAGAAUGGGGAUUUCAAUUGGAUAGUGCCGCAAAAGUUUAUCGCCUUCUGUGGACCGCACCAGAAAUCGAAAACUCUGCCUAAUGGCUAUCCGUGCCAUGCGCCGGAGCGUUACUUCACCUACUUCAGGGACAACAAUGUGACGACGGUGAUUCGGCUAAAUGCCAAAGUCUAUCAUGCAUCAUCAUUCGAGAAUGCUGGCUUCGAGCACAGGGACUUGUUCUUUAUCGAUGGUAGCACGCCUAGCGACACGAUACUCAAGAAAUUCUUGUCCAUCUGCGAGACGACAAAGGGUGCCAUUGCGGUGCACUGCAAGGCGGGCCUGGGACGUACCGGCAGCCUGAUCGGUGCCUACAUUAUGAAGCAUUACGGCUUCACGGCGCUGGAGGCGAUUGCCUGGCUGCGCCUCUGUCGCCCCGGCUCCGUCAUCGGUCAUCAGCAGCAGUGGAUGGAAGACAAGCAGAGCUGGCUGUGGUCAGAGGGCGAGCGGAUGCGUCGGCGCUUGGCUUUGCCGAUUUUACAGCACAAGUAUGGCAUCUAUAGCAUUGAGCUGAAGGAGAAGUUGGCCAAAAACGAGUUGGAGGAGCAGAAGGCGCUGCCGUUGCCAGCAUCGGAUGCCUUCGAGCAUGUCGACUUGUUGUUGACGCGGGUAAAGCGCAUCUCACAGCGUGUGGACACAAUGCACUUGCAUGAUCAGGACACCGUGGAUGGGGGAUGCGAUCAAACGGAUGAGGAGCUAUCCGAACAGCAGCUGGAACUGCAAGAGCUGCACUAUCAUUCCACGGACGAGGCUAAUUGCAAUGCCAGCGAUAAUGAUACGGAUACGGCCAGUGCGCCCGCUGAGCAGACACUCGGCUCAAGCUACUCGAUGUCGACGCGCCGGCGCAAAUCGCCGUCGAAUGCCAACAAGCCCACGGUAAUUGCCAAUUCGCUGCGUCGCCUGGUCAGUCCUGGAAGCAUGCGUAACACAAGCAGUGGUAAUAGCAGCUCCAUUGCCAGCAGCCUGGAGCCGGCUGGCAGCUGCACGGAGAAGAAGCUGCGCAAACCAAGCAGCAAUGUCUUUGAGGCAGCGCGUCAUACAAUUGCAUCUUCCGUGCGCAUGUCCCAGACGGCGCUCGAGAAGAAGCAGAUGCAAACGCAGGGUGACAAGCUGAAUCAGAUCAAGGCGUUGCGACGGCAUCAUUCGCGGGCUGUGAACACCAACAACAGUGAUUCGGAUCCAAUCCAACGGCAUACACGCGCACGUUCUCAGCCAUUUCGCAACAACAACAAUGUGGUGAAUAUGUCAACGUCACCGCCUUUGGCUCUUAAAGCCGUUAGUUGUUUGUCUUCGACAACAGCGGCCACUGCAACAGUAACAACAGCAACACCAUCUACAACAGCAGCAACAACAACAUCAUCACAUAACCUUAACAACAACAACAGCAACUUUAAUGUAAACAACUCUUUGCAUAACUGUAACAAUAAUAGCACUAACAACAACAUCAACAACAACAAUAUGCAAACCAGUACGGCCAGCCGCACACGCAGUCUGGCCAUCUACAGCAAAAGAAUGGAAUUGAAGCACCUGCGCAAUGCGGAACAGGAACAACAGCCCGCUGCUGUGCUCGAUAAGCAAUUGAAAUCCUAUGCAACGAUCAACGAAAACACAAGCCGUCUUAGCAUGUUGGCCAGCAUGAACAGUGGCAAUGGACGUACCAGCGACGAGCAGCCAGCCAACAGCAAAGAUCAUCAACAGCAACAGCAGCAGCAUUUGGGUGGCAGCAAACGGAACAAGCGUUCGCUUAGCUCCACACGCAUCGAGAAGGACAAAUGCGAUGAGUAUAAUACGAAAUUGCUGCGCAAAACGAGUGUAGCAGCUGCAGCUGCGGCAGCAACAGCAGCAGCAGCAGCAGCAGCAGCCGCCGCCACUUCAACAAUGAUAAUAAUAAUAAUAACAAUAGCGGCAGCAGCAGCAAGUACAACAGCAAUAGCGGUACACCGACGGCCAGCCUUGGAGGUGGCAGUUUCAGGCUGUCGCGUCGAAUCUUUGCUGAAUCAGGUUCAUCAGCCUCAACCUCGGCCUCCAACUCUGGCAUACCGACACCGACGCAGCCGCCAACGUUGCCCUGGCAGCAGCAUCAUCCUCAUCAUCCGCGUGUAUCCAGUCGCCUGACCACGGAGCGUGAGCAACAGCAGCAUCUAAAGCUGCGCAAGAAGAUUAGCUACUAAAUGGCAUAGCCGCAGCUAACUGCAGCAGCUGCUGCAAUUGUUAUUGUUAAUACCUAUUUUGUAAAGCAAAUUUUUUAGUAUUAAUAGUAAAAUUUACACAUUCGAGACCCACA